AUGGACGAGAAAAUGGGUCCCAGUCCGACGAGAACAACAGCUGUGGAAGAAGACAAGUCGCAUCCCGAGGACAAGGGCCAACGGCCUGAGGUCACUACAAAGGACAAGUCCCAAUCCUCGGCCGAUUAUACUAGCGACCAAGUUGUAAUUGAUGAUGAUGAGGCGCGAAAGGUCAUUGAUUAUGAUGCCAAUGAUUCGCCAUAUCCGGAGGUUCGAGCAGUCGUGCCGGCCACCGAUGACCAGUCACUUCCGGUGAACACAGUGCGCAUGUGGGUGAUUGGUAUACUUUUCACCAUCAUUGGAAGCGCAUUGAAUCAACUGUUCAGUUUGCGCAAACCCAGCGUCACUAUCAACAUGCUCGUCGGCCAGUUGUUGGCGUAUCCCGUGGGCGUUGCUUGGGCUCGACUGAUGCCCAUUGGAUUUUUGAACCCGGAUCGCAAUUUCAAUAUCAAGGAACACGCUCUUAUAACAAUCAUGGCCAAUGUCUCCUUCGGAUCUGCAGCUGCCACCCAGGUCAUUGAAGCCACGAUGAAAUUCUACAACUUGGGGUCUCAGCCUGGAUUCGGCAUCCUGCUCACAAUCAGUACACAACUGUUUGGCUUUGGCUUGGCUGGGCUCUUUCAACGCUGGUUGGUGCAGCCCGCGGCCAUGAUCUGGCCGGGAGUGUUAUCGAACGCGGCGCUAUUCAUGACGCUGCACUCCAAAGUAAAUGCGCUCGCCGACGGCUGGACCAUGACGCGCCGGAAGUUCUUUCUCAUCGUAUUUGGCGCUGGAUUUGUGUGGUACUUCCUUCCGGGUUUCUUGUUCACCGCAUUGAGUUACUUUAGUUUCAUUUGCUGGAUUGUCCCCAAUAAUGUCGUGGUCAACCAACUUUUCGGACAAGUGACUGGCUUGGGAAUGUCUGUGUUGACCUUUGACUGGAGCCAGGUUGUUUAUGCCAAUGCAAACCCGCUGCUGACGCCGUUCUGGGCUGGGGUAAAUGUCAUGGGAGGCUUUGUGUUUUUCUUUUGGCUCAUCUGCCCUAUCCUUUACUACACGAAUACUUGGAACUUUGCAUAUCUGCCAAUGAUGAACUCGGGUGUGUUCGACAACACUGGCGCGUCAUACAACACGAGUAGAAUUAUGAAUGUCGAUGGAACGGUCAACGCCAAGGCCUACCAGGAAUAUUCGCCCCUUUUCCUACCUGCUGGCUAUGCUCUCACGUACGGCAUUGCCUUCGCUAACUUGACGGGUAUUUUUGUGCACAUUGCCCUGUACCACGGGAAAGAAAUCUGGACAAUCUGGAGAGGCGACGGCAAAAAGGAUGUUCACGCACGAUUGAAUGCUGUUUAUCAGCAGGUCCCCUGGUGGUGGUUCGCUGGCGUCACCUUGAUCAUGUGGGCGUUGAGCAUUGUUGUCAAUGAGGUCUGGCAUACCGGUCUUCCUGUCUGGGCCGUGAUUGUCGGCUUUUUGAUGCCGCUGGUUUACUUCCUGCCUGUUGGAAUCAUCAAAGCUCUGACCAACAUCAGCACCAACGAGAUCAAUCUUCUCACAGAAUUCAUUGGUGGUUAUGCGUUCCUAGGAUCACCGAUUGCCAACAUGUCUUUUAAAUUCCUUGGUUAUGCCGGUGUUGCGCAGGGACUAGAGUUUAUCGCUGAUCAAAAACUCGGACACUAUUUCCACAUACCGCCUCGGACGGUGUUUAUGGCACAAGGACUAGCGACUCUCGUAGGAGCUCUCGUGCAAGCGGGGCUGACAAUUGGCGUUCUCGAUGGGGUGAAUAACGUCUGCACGUCUGCUCAAUCCGACGGCUACAGCUGCCCACACGGUCAAGUGACAUACUCAUCGUCUCUGAUUUGGGGCGCCCUCGGCCCCGGCCGCAGCUAUUCACCUGGUCAAAUCUACGGCGACUUGCUGUGGUUCUUCCUCAUUGGGCCUGCCGUUGUGCUCGUCACAUGGCUAUUGGGUCGCAAAUGGAAGUUCUUCAACUACGUCACAUGGCCUGUGAUCUUUGGAGGCAUGAGCCUCGUCCCGCCAGCUACUGGCAUCAACUUUUCGUCCUGGUGGGCGUUUAAUGUUCUCUUUAACGGUGUUAUCAAGCGUCGCAAGAGCGCGUGGUGGUCUAAAUAUAAUUUCGUUCUCGCCGCCGCUCUCGACUGCGGUGUCGCAGUGUCUCUUGUCAUUAUCUUCUUCUGCAUCGUCCUUCCUGGUGCUAGUCUCAAGUGGUGGGGAAACACGGUCUAUUCGACAACGGCCGAUGGACUGGGCACUCCAUGGAAGAAGCUUGCUCCCGGCGAGACGUUUGGCCCGGCGACGUGGACCUGA